AUGCCACCACGCAAACGUAAUUUACAAACUGCCAUGAAGACGAAAGAUGAUGACAAGAAGGUAAUGAAGAAAUUCAAAACAAUUCCAGCCAACAGUAUUAUACAUUUCUUUUGUACAAAGACAAAACAAGAUAAGGAAAAUGAAGAGAAUCCACCAAAGAGGCGCAGCACCCGGAGUACAAGAAAUACACAAUCCAUGGCGGAAGAAGGUGGUGCUGCGCCAUCACCCAUAAAAGAGGAGAAAAAGAAAUUGGCAUUUGUUAAAUAUCGCGGUGCGAUUAAAUAUUACACAGAUGGCAAUGAAAUUGCCGAAGCUUCGGAUAGUUUAAUACAAUUUGUUGAAAAACAGCCCGGUGAUGGUUUGGUACCCAUUGCCUUUGACAUGGAAUGGCCAUUUUCAUUUAAAACUGGCCCUGGCAAAUCGGCUGUGAUACAAAUCUGUGCCGAUGAAAAGUGUUGUUAUAUAUUUCAAUUGACGAAUCUCAAAAAAUUACCUGCAGCACUUGUCGCUUUGCUCAAACAUAAGCGAGUUCGUUUACAUGGUGUCAAUGUUAAGAAUGAUUUCCGUAAAUUGGGCAGAGAUUUUCCGGAAAUUAAUUCAGACGAUUUAAUUGUAAACGGCUUGGAUUUGGGUGUCUGGUGCAAUGAAGUGUGUGAAACUGGAGGACGCUGGAGUUUAGAUCGUUUGGCGAAUUAUGUGGUUGAAAAGGCCAUCGAUAAAAACAAAAAAGUACGUAUGAGCAAAUGGCAUGUUAUACCAUUGGAUGAGGAUCAACUGAUGUAUGCUGCCAUAGAUGUUUAUAUUGGUCAAUUAAUUUAUCGUGAGCUGGAAAGACGAGCCAAACUUAAAGAAGAAAACGAAGCAAAGUUCAUUGAGAAAAAUGGUGAGGCUGCAUUUAAAGCUGUCAAAGCAUUGGGUGAAAAUUUCCUCAAUGAAAAAGCUGAAGAAGUUGCAAUUUAGUUCAAU